GGGACACAAUGGGGAGAGCAGCGCUGUUGUGACGUCACGUACCUAAACCGGGCAGCCAGGCAGCCGUUGAGUUGAGUCCCGAGCGCGAGACCAGCAGGACUCCAUGAACAGCCCAACUUUUAAUAUAUGCAGGCCGAGCGGACACAGUUUUGUUUGGGUGUUUUUCGUCUUCUGUGUGGAACCAUUACAACCCGCUAAGCAUAGCGUCGCGGCGACUCCUGCAUUUUGCCUUGUUCAGUAGCUAAUCAUUUUUUUUUAUCAAAGAAGAAGAAGAAAAAGCGGUUGUCUCUCAUGUUUCUAGCCUUCCUGCGACUCCUCCACACACAAAAGGCCUCAACUGAGCAAUCGAGCGUGUGACUGCAUGGAUCUGACUGAACAUGAAGAGCCUCAAAGCCAAGUUUAGAAAAACUGAUACCAACGAGUGGAACAAAAAUGACGAGCGGCUCCUUGCUGCAGUGGAGCAUGGCGAGGUGGAGAAGGUCGCGUCUCUCCUCGCUAAGAAAGGUUCCAAUGCUGUGAAACUGGACAAUGAAGGCAAAUCAGCCCUUCAUGUAGCAGCUGCAAUAAGUGUGCUGUUGAUGCCACGGACGGCUCAGGAAGGACUGCUCUGCAUUACGCUGCUGCCAGUGGGAACAUCCAGAUUGUUCAGCUGCUCUGUGAACUCAGAAGUCCAAUCAACCUAAAAGAUGCUGACGGCCUUACUCCCCUGCUAUCGGCAGCCAAACACUGCCACUCAGAAAUCUGCUGCACUCUGCUGGAUUUUGGUGCUGACAUAAACGCUCCUGACAACACCGGCAGGACAGCAUUGAUGGUGGCUGCUGAGUCAAAUGCAGUGUCCGUGGUGGAAGUUUUGGUCCAGCGGGAGGCAGAUCUGUCAGCUGUAGAUUUAGAGGGCCAUGACGUUUUACACUAUGUUAAGCUGUCUGCUAACGCUGAAGCUAGAGCUGCUCUCACAGCUGCACUCAACAGACACCAUGUUUUAAGUGAGAAGUCCCAAAAACAACCUGUUCAAACAGAGGACGGUACAAAGACAGUGUGCCCAAAUAUCAAUUCUCCAAAAACCCCUCAGAGUUUUGAGACAUCUCCUUCACCGCCACCGUCUACCUCCAAAAGUGAAACUUCCAAGAGAUUCAGCUACAAAGAGGACGAGAUCAUAGCUAAGAGAGAGGAAGUAAAGAAGCCGCUUAAGGAGAGCAUCAUGUUGUUGCAGACCAUUAAGGACCUGAAGCAGACCGUGGAGACACUGGCUGCUGCUGAUCUGGAGACCGAGGCUGAGCAAACAGACACCGCAGGGCUAGUUUCUGCUCUACAAGCCGGGAUUAAUGUUGUUUCCUCGGUCGACCAGCAGCUUGAAAACAAACUUAAGAAACUUCUGCUUCUAAAAGGAAAUAAGGAGCUGAAGGAGAACAGCCGUCCCAACAGCAUGGCCUCCAAUUCUUCUCUUCCCUCCACCCAUGAUGAGUUUGAUCCGACGCUACAAGUCCCGCACAGCCAAACGGAAGCAGGAGCCGCCUCUCUGAAACUUGUAGAGGAGGACAGAGACGGAGAGGAGCUCCGGCAGCUGAGGCUGGCUCUGGAGGACGUGAAGAGAGAACUGCUGGAAACCAAGAAGGAAAACCGCUCACUUCAGGAACGAAGGGAGGACAGGCCGGAGAGAGAGGAAGAGUUGAUGAAAAGUUUAGCAGACCUGCAGGCAAAGUUGACUGACACUCAAGAAAAGUACCACCAGGCCAUAGAAGAGCGAGAUUAUCUAAGAGAACACAUAGCAAGGCAAGAAUGUGAGCCGACAGAGAAACGGGAGCUGCAGAAAGAACUGUCUUCCACGCUCGAACAAGAGCUAAAGGAGCUGAAGAAUAAGCUCGUCCAACUAGAGUCACAAAAAGAGAAUGCAAAUCUGCAAAUCAGGGAGCUGCAGGAGGCUUUGGAAAGAACAGAGGAGGAGACGCAGAUGUACAAGGAUAAAGAUAAGAGGGCAGCACAGAUCGAGGAGAUGUACAAAAAAGAGCAAGAGAAGGUCCGGAGACUUCAGGAGGAGCAAAAUGAGGUUCAGGAGCGCCUGAAUGCAGUUACCCAGUACUACAAUGAAAGCAAAAGCGAGCUGAGCGCCGCUCAGAAAGAGCUGGCAGAAGUCCGAGCUAAAAGCAGCACAGCCUUGUCCUCAUCCUCAGCGGAGCAAGUGCAGGUGCUGAGCAGCAAGGUGGAGGAGCUGCAGGCGUUACUCGGCGAGUCUGAGAGGAGGUGCUCAGCCACUCGAGAGGAGCUUGCAGGCCUGAAGCAGGAGGCAGAAGCUCGGGCGCAGCGCUCUGUGGCCCUCGCCGAGCACACACAGGCCGUGUCGUCUCUGGAAGAUGUCAUCAGGGAGUUGCAGAGUCAGCUGGAAACAGUGAGAGAGCAGUUGCACCAAAAGACUGUGCAGGUGGAGGAGCUUCAGAAGAGACUAACUGAACAAGUGGUCACGUCGGAUGACUCGGUCCCCCGCGAGGAGCAUGAAACCAUGCGGGAGCAGCUGAAGAGCGAUGUCAAACACCUGAGGGAGCUGCUGGAGGAAGCACUGAGGAAGCAGGACGAGCUGGCACUCGAGGCCGCUAAUGCAUGGCAGAAGGCACGGGACAGUCAAGCAGAGCUGGAAAUCCGGCAGGAGCUGUUGUCAUCCAGAGAGAAGGAGAACCAGACUCUGACUUCCAAACUGGCUGAGUCCCAGGAUGCUGUGAUGCAGCUCAAAGUGCUGGAACAGAACCACGUCGACUCAGAGAGAGAAAAGAACAAAAAAAUAGAUGACUUAACCCGGAAAGAGCUGAAACUAAAGGACGCUCUGAACAGCCUGUCGCAGCUCUCCUACAGCUCCUGUUCUCCAUCCAAGAGACAACAGCAGAACCAGCAGCUGGAGGCUCUGCAGCAGCAGAUCAAGCAGCUGCAGUAUCAGCUAGCUGAAUCAACAAAGCACCACAAUGAAGUUGUGUCAGUCUACAGGAUGCACCUGCUUUAUGCUGUUCAGGGUCAGAUGGAUGAGGACGUCCAGAAAGCCUUGAAGCAGAUCCUGAUGAUGUGCAAGAUGCCAAGUCAAGCCAAGGAGGCCUGCUAAGACUCUGAGUCAGUGGAGACAGCCAAACACAUUCUGCCUGUGGAUGACCCGUUUACAACCUCACUUCACCGUUUUGACUUUUGUAAAAACAUUUGUCCCCCAUGCGCCUGUCAGCACAGUUACAUUCUGGACAUGAUUUUUAGAAGUUCACGUGGGACUGGAGGUGAAGCGUCAGUCUGAACAUUCACUCUGAAGGAGAAGCAUCAGUCGCUUGACCCGAAGCGUCACUGAUCCUCACUUUCUUUCUCAAGAAUCCAUGUGAGCACGCUCCAGUCGCAGAAUAAAAGCAAAUAUUGAACACAAAAAAAAAAUAAAAAAAAAUGUUGCUAUGGGAACCGCACAUCCACCGCCUGAUCAGUCUCAUCCACGUUCUUAACUUUCAGUAUUACAGCUACACGCGGAAAAGUUCUGAACUCGUGCUGUGUUGUGUUAGUGAAACUUUUUUCUGUUUUUGUGUUGUUAUGAAACGCUAGAAGCCUUUCAAUCAGAAUGUGUCGCAUCUGUUUUCUACAUCUAGACACUUCCCUCUCCAUAUUUCUAUUGAUAUUUUAGACAUUCUUGUAGCUGAACGGUAUUAACAUGUCAUAUUUUCUAUUAUUUUGAAGUCAAAUAACUGUUUUUACAGCAUCGUUUCUAAAGUUGUUUUUCUUUCAUGAUGAGAUGGCUGUGGUAACAAAUACCUAAUGGUAUGCACUUCUCAAUCCUUACAGUUUGGUCUCUGGUUUGAAUUUUCUUUAAAAAAAUCAAACUUUCAGACUCAAACCAAACUGUUUGUCUCGUCCUGUGCCACUUCAUUAAUUUAUUUAGUUUCAACGCCAUGUUUUUUCUGCCGUUUUCUCCUCUUUAGAUGCAGGAAUGUCUUUCAGUUCAUGUUUUUAAAGUGACUUGUGUCUUCUUGAGGCUUCUGCACUGUUGUAACUCCACACUCCUUUGCCUUAGCAAUGUGCUCAGAUCUCCUUUCCGCUCAGCGUGCAUACAAUGCUAACGCGCCGCUUUAAGGGGAGUCGGAUUACAUGAAGCCGUGUCUCGAGCGAGUCACUCAGGGUUAUUUGAACGGCUAGAUCAAAUAUGCUCGACCCUGAUGAGAACUUUGCAUGUCUUUUACUGUUACGGUUGCAGUCGAGUGUCAUAAAUAUCUUCUCGCUUUUACUAAAAAUGUUUUAUACCAGGAAAGGGAAAACUGAGAAACAGCCUUUUUAUUUCGUUGUUUCUUUAGAAACUGUGUUGAAGUGGGAGGAUUCAAGAAAAAAAUGGCAUUUUCACCCACUUUAUUAAAAUUUCAUACUCUGUCUGCA